AUGGCUGAAGGGGACAAUGACAUAUUUGAAAUGCUAACUCUAGGAAAAAAUCUAUUUUAUCAAUGCAGUGUCACGUUAUGGGACAUGGAUGACCUCUUGAAGAACCUUGAUGUCCAACCCAAGCGCAACCCAAACUUCAGCAUUAUUUGUUCAGACUCGAUUGAGGAGAAAGCGAGCCAUUUAAAUGUUGAAGCCUCACUCAAGGCCAGCUUCCUGGGGGGACUGGUAGAGGUGGGCGGCUCUGCCAAAUAUUUGCAGGACAGCAAGUCAUCAAAGCAGCAAGCCCGUACCUUGAAUUACCAAGCAGCAACCUGCUUUGAGCAGCUGACUAUGAGUCAGUUAGGGCCCAAGAAUAUUGCCUACCCAUCUGUCUUUGAAUAAGGUUCGGCGACUCACGUUGCCACUGCCAUGUUAUAUGGGGCUCAGGCAUUCUUUGUGUUUGACCCAGAAUAUUCCUGCAAUGACAACACGCAUGUAGUAAAAUGAAAUCUGCAGGGGAUGAUUCAAAAGAUCCAAUUCCUCAAUAACGAGGGAAAGGGUUUCUUGCAAAUCUCAGAUGAUGAAAAGAAAAGUAUUAAGAAUUUCAACUGCACAUUUUAUGUUGAUUUUUUUGCUCAUUCGGAACCUAGUGAGCUACCAAGAUGCCCUGAAUGUUUAUUCAACACUUCCUCAGUUACUAGGCGAUGUUGGAAGGACACCUUCAGAGUCUGGUUGUAUCGUCUGAAGAUGUUGGAUUCAAAAGCUGCUCAGAUUGGGCGAGAGGUUAGUGUUGGACUGGUCAAUUGGUGUCAGUUACUCUUUGACCAAUUUCUUGACAUAGAGAUGAGAUGUAAUGAUCUUAUUAAAAGCAAAGCUGCCAGUGAAUUCUCCAAGAUAAAGGCAAAAAUCCUCAUGUUCAAGGGAAAGUGCCGAGAAUACCAAACUAUCUUUAAGAAAGACCUGGUGAAAGUGCUGACAACUAUCCGGGGAACAGGAGAAGAGGAAAGUCUUCUAGUCAAUAUUUUGCAACAGAGAGAGGAAUCACCAUUCAGCAACAAAUCACUGACAGCUUGGAUGGAGAAGGGGGAGAAGGAGAUAAACACAGUGGGCGGAUAUCUAACUAUGUUUCAAGGUGUAGAUAUUCUGACCUCCAGCCAAUUGGAUAAGUACUUGACAGAUCCAAUGAUUAAACAUGUUGUCUGCUUUACCUUCACUUCAUUGUGGUGUGAAGAUAUCUAUUUACAAGAACUAUCCAACUACCUCAAGACCUCAUGGACUUUAACAGUAUCAGGCCACACAUCGCAAACUAACACAAGUCAACUGAGUGAAGAUUGGUUCUCUCUCGGAUCAAUCUCCCAGAAAUGA